UGUAAGUAGGCGAAUGGAGUCGCAGCCGUUUUGAAUUACAUAAAAUAUAUAACAGCCUAUUAGGAUCAGGCUCUCAUAUGUGUAGGGCGGGCUUUUCAUGUGCUGCUGCUACAGGGAUACCAAGAUGGAAAUCCAGGGGCAUACUGACACCCAAAACACUCGUUAUCAACAUGGCGUCCAGUCUCGCACUGAAUUCUCUCAGCAGGGUACAGCUUUAGGGACUAAUGAGAGCACCCGUGUGACUGAAAAUGAGGUCUCAGAUCUCUCUGGAUCGCUCGGCUUGGAAAGCGACGACAACAACAACAACCACCAGGACAGGUCAUAUCCGCUUCGGCGGGCGGGAAAUGGUAGCGGCUGCAUUCUGUCUUCUAAAACCAAACUGGUUAAGACACAUGAUUUUCAGUCUGAAGAUGCUGAGCUCAGUGACAUGACAGCGCCUAAGAAGAUUUUUAAUGAAUCAGAGCUUCUGCCCUCAGAAUUUUACAGGGCUGAAGAAGAUGAUGUCAGCGAUCGGCAAAUGGCGCUUCCCUUCCUGGUGAGCCGUGAACAAAGACAUACGCCAGAGAAGACUCUCAACAAAACUGCUGUCUCUAAUGGCUCGAGCCCAGAUGAACUGUACGUGGUUUUUAACAUAGUGCAUAAAGAGGAUCAAACUAAAGCUGAAGAGAAUGAAUCGUCAUCAAAUUCGAAGACACCAUUUUCUCGAUCAGAUUCCGAUGAGCUUUUUAGUAGAACUUCAAGAUACGCACACAGCAGUUUAAGUAUCAGAUCUGAAAGAACACACCAAACUGUUAGACAAGAGAUUUGUCUUGAGGCAGUCAAUCGAGACCCUACAUUAUCCGAAGAUUAUUUUGGGAGCAGACAAACGCCAAAGAUCUCCAAAGCAGGAAUGACCAGCAAUCAUUUAGUAUCAGAUGAAUGCUCAACAGAUGAAUUGACCCAGUGUGUAGUAAAAAAUUGCUCUGCCUUUGUAACAGAAAACAAGACUGCUGAAAUGAAUAUCGUAGACAAUGCAAGUCAGGAGUCCCUCAGUAAUGGGGAUUGCGUUCCUGAUGGAAACCCGAUGCUUGUGCAUGAGACACUCUCCGGGACUAUCAUGAUGAACAAUCAGAGCAUUAUUGUGACUAUUGAGAAUGGAUUAUUGACCCUGGCCACCUCACCAGAGGGCUAUGCUUACAAGGAGGAUGGUAUUAUAAGCUUAAAAGAACAUUUGGGGAUGAAAGAUGAUGAUGAUCUUGUACUACUCAACUACGAUGGGGGAUGUAAAUCUAUUGGAAAAAUGUGGAAUGUAAGCACAAGUCCACAAGUUGAGCCUAAAUCUGGACUGGCCAGCAGUGACUCAGUGUUGACUAUAGUUGAUGAUUGUUCACAAUCAGAAAGGGGUGUCACUCUGGAUACUUGCCCACCAAUCAAGAAAGAGUUAGAAACCGUAUGUGCUAUAGAUAAUAGAAAAACUAUUUGCCAAAAUUUAAAAAUCAAACCAGUUACAUGUGAUGAACUACAGCCAAUGAACCAUUUAGCUGUGGCAAAUUUGGCCAAGAAAGGUUCAGUUGUGAAGUAUAGAUGUCCUCAACCAGGCUGUUCUAACAUGUUUGAUACUCGACACAAUCUCAAAAUUCAUUUGGUUCUGCAUACAGAGGACCAACGCCCCUUCAAGUGCACAGUAGAGGGCUGCAGUUGGUCCUUCACAACAUCAUACAAACUGAAACGGCACCUACAGUCUCAUGACAAAGUGCGUCCUUAUAAAUGUGAAUGGGAAAACUGUGGUCGCUGUUUCACCACCGUCUAUAAUCUAAAGGCUCAUGUUAGAGCCCAUGACCAGGAUAACGCAUUUAUCUGUGAAGUAUGCAGUGAGAGGUUUCGCACUGCCACAAAACUUGCUAAUCAUCAGAGAACACACUUUGAACCAGAGAGACCACAUAAGUGUGAGUUCCCAGGAUGUGAGAAGACCUUCAUCACCUUCAGUGCCAUGUUCUCCCACAACAGAACCCACUUCAGAGAAAUGGGUGAAUUCACCUGCACCUACCCUGACUGUGAAAAGAGAUAUGACAAGGCCUGCAGACUUAAAAUACACCUCCGCAGUCACACAGGCGAGAGACCUUUUGUUUGUGAUUCUGAUUCCUGUGGAUGGACUUUCACCAGCAUGUCAAAAUUACUUCGGCACAAACGGAAGCAUGAUGAUGACAGGCGUUUUGCUUGUCCAGAGGAAGGCUGUGGGAAGUCCUUCACACGGGCUGAGCACCUGAAGGGCCACUGUAUCACACACUUGGGCACCAAGCCAUUUGAAUGCCCUAUAGAAGGUUGUAAUGCAAAGUUUUCAGCUCGCAGUAGUCUCUACAUCCAUUCUAAAAAACACAAGCAGAAUGGAGUGAGUCUGAGGAGUCGUUGUCCUGUGGUUGGAUGCACCAAACACUUCUCAUCACGCAGCAGUCUAAAGACACAUAUGCUUAAACACCACAACUUCAGCCCAGAUGUAUUGAGUCAGUUGGACAGCACAGCCACUCUAACCCCCAGCAACGAACUGACAGGCACAUCACAGGCUGUCAGCACCCCCCCAGGAUCUGCAGGAGCAGAGAUCAACAGUCUAGACCUGACCUCCCUCUUCUCCAAAGUCCCUGCAUGUCCAGCGACUACUGCUGUCUCUUUGGGGUCUGUAGGUAGCUCUGGGCCAGCAUCCUUCUCCAUGGAUCUGUCUCUGGUCAACACUGGAAUCCUUACGAUAGAUCCAGUUUCAGUUGGAUCGGCUCUUAAUGGGGCAAAGACUGUAGAUCCUCUCAUUUUAGCACCCGGGCAAGAUAUGGGAAUACACAUAUUAGAUGCAGGAUUGGGCCCUGGAGGAGGUGGAGGGGUUUUACCACAGGCAACAUUGCAUUUAGAUGAUGUACAAACUGUCAACCCAGAAGAGCUGGGAACACUAACAGCUCUGGCUAUCCAAAGUACUGCAUCGUCAGAACAACUUCACACUCUGAGCUCCUGCAGUGCUUUGAUUGUAGAAACACCAUCUACUCUUAUGCCAACACUUUCAUCAUCACUCACUCCAUCUCUUUCCUCUUUGACAUCAGCUCUGCCUCCAGCGCUCAGUUCAUCUCUUGUUCCCUCUCUCUCUGCCCAUCUAUCCUCCGCGGGAGCCCCUGUGGCAGAGUUGCUUUCUCCAGAGGCCAAGUUGGCAGCCUUUGAGACUGCUGUGGGGCCCUUGCUGAGCAGAGCUGAGGUCAUGGCCCCGUCAGAUUGCGAUAAGGGGAUGUGCCAGUUUGUGUUCCCCAGACACAGUGGAUCCUACUGUGGGCAGACAAACACAGAGCUGGCUUCUGUCACCCCCUGCCCCAUUAUGGAGAGCAGUGGAUCAGCACGCACAGACUACAGGGCCGUCCAUCUUGCCAAGAAGAGGAAACAGAAAGGUUCAGGGUCUUCCACAUGUGCCUCAGAGACGGACCAUAGAAAGACUAAAGGGUCAAAGGGUGCAAGCUCUGCUCUGCCGAAUACUUCAUGUGGUCAUUUUGGAGGAGCUGCUACAAGAAAUGGUGACCUACCCAUUCGGGAUGCAGUGACUGGUGCACAGUUUGUGCAGAUUCAGCUGUUACAGGAUGAUCCAGCUGCUGAUGGAGAAUUGGCUUUCCAGUUGAGUUCACAGGCCUCAUGUUCACACUCUCAGCUCACAGUGGAUCUGCCUGUCAACAUCCUACAGAAACCUGGCUGAGUGAAGCCAUUCCGGACAGCGCGUUACAUCUGCCAGGCUUUCAGCUGUUCAGAGCGGAUCGCAUCGUGGAGUUAACAGGGAAAACGAGAGGCUGUGGAACAGGCUUUUACAUCAAUGAAAGUUGGUGUACAGAUGUAACAACGUUAAAGAGAAUAUGCUGUCCUAAUUUGGAAGCACUCUUUGUAAGCCAUUCUUCUUGCUGCGGGAGUUUUCCUCAUUUAUUCUGGUAAGUGUGUAUAUCGCGCCAAACGUGUGUGAACGCAGCGCUUUAACAGCUGACUGGUCAAAUCACAGACCAACCUACAGGCAGAAAUUCAGGCCAGGAACAAUGAAUAAGGAAAUCAGAGUGGCUAAAAAAGAUAUUCUGAGAAGCUGGAAAACAAGUUUUCAGCUAAAGACCCUGCAUCAGUGUGGAGUGGCAUGAAACAACUCACAAAUUACAGGACUCCUACCCCCAACCCUGUGGUGGACCAACAACUGGCUGAUGACCUUAAUGUGUUCUACUGCAGAUUUGAAAGGUCGUAUCUCACACCCCACACCCACACUUACCUUCACUUCACACAAACAUCGACACCUCCUGCAACCCCCCUCCUUCCCCCUCCUGCUACUCAACCUGCACUUAAGAUCUGUGAAGAUGAUGUGAGCCUGGUCUUUCGGAAACAUAAGAGAGGAAAGCUUCAGGCCCAGAUGGCGUCUCACCAGCGUGUCUUCGAUCCUGUGCUAUCCAGCUGGCCCCCAUCUUCACACAGAUCUUCAAUAGGUCACUGGAGCAGUGUGAAGUCCCAUGCUGCUUCAAACAGUCAAUCAGUAUUCCUGUCCCAAAGAAACCAAAAAUCACAGGACUUAAUGACUACAGACCUUUCGCCCUGACGUCUGUGGUCAUGAAAUCAAUUUAGAGACUGUGUUGGCCCACCUGAAGAAUAUCACUGGAACCUUUUUAGAACCCCUUCAAUUUGCUUAUCGAGCAAACUGGUCUGUGGAUGAUGCAGUCAACAUGGGAUUGCAUCAUAUCCUGCAACAUCUGGACAGACCAGGGACAUAUGCAAGGAUCCUUUUUGUGGACUACAGUUCAACUUUCAACACCAUCAUCCCGGGGGGUGGGGGGUCAGCUUGAGCACGUAAGUGUCUUAAAAUGUCUACAGAGCUCGAGGAUUUUGAAUUCUUUGACUUAUUGUCUUCCUAGAACUGUUAUGUAUCAGAGUGUAUCGAAUCUCACUGGUUUAUGAGACAAAAAAUAUCAAAACUAGCAAAGUGUGCAGAGCUUGCCGUUCACACGUCCGAACCUCACUUGGCAUACAUAACAGUUCUAGGAAGACAAUAAGGCAAAGAAUUCAAAAUCCUUGGGCUCUGGAGACAUUAAAAGACACUUACGUGCUCAUGCAUGGCAGCGCGUGUUGACACGCUGAGCGGCUGCACCCUGGUCGUAAUGCCUACCACAUGCAUCUUCUGUCAGGUUGUCAGAGUGACUUAAACACACAUGCGACUAAUCUGCGGGGAUUUUUUCAGGUGUAACUUUAUUUCCAGAAAUAUGGUAUGCGCCUAAUAGGAGUGUAAAAAUGCAUUGAUUAUAUUUCAUUUGUAAUUAUUGCUGCAAUACAUUUUUACGUUAUGAUAUGCAAAUCUAUAACACUUCCAUGGUUUACAUACAGCAAAAGCUGAACCUCCUUAGUCAUAAAAGCAUCUGUGACUUGUGCUCAAGUGUAGUUAAUGUGUGGGCUGUCUAAAUUAAGAAUGUUCAGUAAAAACUUUAAAUAUUUUUUCUGCAUAUAUUACAAAUCAUUCUAAAAUAAUCAUAUUGAAUCGUGACUAUAUGAUUUCAUCUUGCAUUCUAAUCAUUUGGAAAAAAAAUUUCAUCAAAUAAUUGUUUACACCACCUGUGUAAACAACACACUGUUUUAGUGCAAGAACACCACCUGUGUGAACAGCCCCACAGUUUGCUAUAAUCUUUCUUUGGGGGUAUAAUUUAAACAUUUUCACCUUUUAGGAACCCACAGCCAUAGCUGAAGACGAAAAUGGAUCUGAAAGCUCUCAAUUCACUGGCAGCACCAUCAACCUACAAGACCUGGAAUGACAAUAGAACCAGGAAAACCCUUUUUCUCUGCUUUUGUGUCUCUUGCUCUCAAAAUCUUGCAUCUUCCCUGAAUGUUUCCACUGGUUUUGUCAUUACCAUGUUUAAUGCAACAAAUCCCUUUCAUGCAUUCAUGUUUAAUACAGCAACCUUAAGAGAUCUUAUUCAGUACAAUUUUCCAAAAAUAAUAGUUUUCCAGACAAAAUGCUAAUUUUAAUUUUUUUUUUUUACUGGUAUUUUGUGAGCGCACUUAUGAAACUAGCAGUAAAUAUGUAAUCAUUGAUGUCAUUGUUUAUGUUCUUGCACUAUUAUUGAAUGCUGGGCUGAUCUGUGACAGAACCAGUUGUGUUACUGUGUUCAGAGUUCAUUUGUUUGUAAUUCAAUUAGAGAAUGUUACAUGCAGAAUGAAUAUACUAUUGUAUUAUAUAAAUAAUAAAGGUGCAUAAAAGCACCGCAUUGUCCCACAAUAAUGCCACCCCAAAUCAAAAAUGAUAAUGCAGCAUUUUUAAUUAUAGUCAUACUAAAUACUUUCAUAACUAAUGCAGACAGGUUGCUCUAGUUUUGAAAAAGCAAUUUGAUGUGAACUCUUGGGCAUAUUUACUAUUAAUGUGAAUGUUCCUGGCAACAAUUAUGAUCUUUUACUGUCUUUGUCAUCUUUAGUCUAUCUGGUUUUCCUGUCCUGUUUUACAGCUACAAAGUCUGACAGAACAAAAUAUGUUUUUUCAUGUUUAUUUUUGUAUGGCUUUGUAAAGUUGCAGAUACAAUUAUGUUCUAUGUUUGUGAAAAAGUUUGUUCUACUUUUUAUAAAUCAUGCAAUUGUAACUUAUUUAAUAUGUUUGGUUCGA